AUGAACACAUUAUUUCCAGAGAUGUGGCUUUUGCCACAGUGGUUCCCAGCUCACCCCAGCACUCUGUGGUGUCACUGCAGGCAGGUUUACCUACCCAUGAGUUAUUGUUAUGCCACACGGCUGAGUGGCCGUGAGGAUGACUUGAUCCGCAGCUUGAGACAAGAACUCUAUGUGCAAGACUACAGCAGUAUUAACUGGCCAGCACAGAGAAAUAAUGUUGCCCCUUGUGACAUGUACACCCCCCACAGUACACUGCUAAAUUUUGCUUAUGUUUUGCUGAACAUAUAUGAAUCGUACCACAUUCCUGCCCUCCGCCGCCGUGCAGUACAUGAACUAUACGACCACGUUACAGCCGAUGACCGCUUCACUAAAUGUAUCAGCAUUGGUCCAAUCUCAAAGGUGAUUAAUAUGCUAGUUCGAUGGCAUGUGGAUGGAUCAGAGUCGCCUGCAUUCAAGGAGCAUGUAGACCGCAUUCCAGAUUAUCUUUGGUUGGGUCUGGAUGGGAUGAAAAUGCAGGGAACAAAUGGCUCUCAGCUGUGGGACACGGCUUUUGCUAUUCAGGCAUUCCUAGAGGCUGGAGCUCACAAGAAGAAGCAAUUUCAGAAAACACUGGAGAGAGCUCAUGAAUUUCUACGUGUUUCACAGAUACCAGAUAAUCCUCCAGAGUAUAAGAAGUACUACAGACAAAUGAACAAGGGAGGGUUUCCAUUCAGCACUCGUGACUGCGGUUGGAUUGUGGCAGAUUGUACAGCUGAAGGUCUAAAAUCUGCCAUGCUGCUCCAGGAGAACUGCUCCUUUCUAUCUGAUCACAUUCCAAGGGACAGAUUACGACAGGCUGUGGAUGUGCUUCUUAGCAUGAAAAAUUCUGAUGGAGGAUUUGCUACAUAUGAAACAAAACGUGGUGGCCGACUGCUUGAACUUUUGAAUCCCUCUGAAGUGUUUGGGGACAUCAUGAUUGAUUACACGUAUGUAGAGUGCACAUCUGCUGUGAUGCAAGCCUUGAAGCAUUAUCAAGCCUGGGAUCCUGACUACCGAACACAUGAAAUCAGAGAUACUCUUCAGCAUGGGCUGGAUUAUUGUCGCUCAGUACAGAGAGAAGAUGGCUCCUGGGAAGGGUCAUGGGGUGUGUGCUUUACAUAUGGCAUUUGGUUUGGACUGGAGGCCUUUGCUUGCAUGGGAUAUAAAUUCUCUGAUGAGUUCAGGUGCCCAGAGAUCAGAAAGGCAUGUGAUUUUCUGCUGUCACAUCAAAUGAAGGAUGGGGGCUGGGGAGAAGAUUUUGAGUCCUGCGAGGAGAGGAGAUAUGUUCAGAGUGCAGACUCUCAAAUACACAAUACAUGCUGGGCUCUGAUGGGACUGAUGGCUGUAAGGUUCCCAGAUGUCAAUGUUUUGGAGAGAGGCAUUAAAUUGCUCCUGGAAAAGCAACUCAUUAAUGGAGACUGGCCUCAGGAGAAUAUAUCAGGUGUGUUUAACAAGAGCUGUGCUAUCAGCUACACCUCAUAUCGGAAUAUUUUCCCAAUAUGGACGCUGGGGGCGUUUUUCUCAUCUUCAUCCUAA